AUGGCAAAUGCAUCUGGGCUGUAUACAGCAACGCUGCCUACUGUGAGGAGGAGAUUUACUCCAUCUAUAGGCAUUUAUCGACCUGGGUGUUGGUUUUCUGAGGGUGUCUCCAAGAGAAUACUGUGUUCCAGCAUUGUCCAAGGUGCAGAUAAGCUCUCCCCUUCUGAAUCUAGAGUACCCAGGCUUGUCAGCAGAGGCUGCAAGUUAGUUGGAUGUGGUUCUGCUGUACCAGGUCUUCAGAUUUCUAAUGAUGAUCUAUCAAAAAUUGUUGAUACUAAUGAUGAAUGGAUAUCUGUUCGAACAGGAAUUCGAAAUAGAAGAGUACUUUCUGGGAAAGAUAGUUUGACAGCUCUGGCUACAGAGGCAGCGAAGAAAGCUCUCGAGAUGGCAGAAGUUGAUCCUGAUGAUGUGGACCUUAUCUUGAUGUGUACUUCAACUCCAGAGGACUUAUUUGGCAGUGCACCGCAGAUUCAAAAAGCACUUGGCUGCAAAAAUAAUCCAUUGGCUUAUGAUAUCACAGCUGCUUGCAGUGGGUUUGUGUUGGGAUUAGUCUCAGCUGCUUGCUACAUUAGAGGGGGUGGCUUUAAAAAUGUUCUUGUAAUCGGGGCUGAUGCUCUUUCUCGCUACGUUGAUUGGACGGAUAGAGGAUCUUGCAUUCUCUUUGGUGAUGCUGCUGGUGCCGUGUUGGUGCAGGCAUGUGAUAGUGAGGAUGAUGGUUUAUUUUCAUUUGACUUGCACAGUGAUGGUGAAGGGCAAAGGCACUUAAGAGCCACCAUCAAGGAAAAUGAAGCGGAUCAUGUGCUGGGUACAAAUGGUUCAGCUGUAGGAUUUCCCCCAAAAAAUUCCUCCUACUCCUGCAUCCAAAUGAAUGGUAAAGAGGUCUUCCGCUUUGCUGUUCGUGUUGUUCCACAGUCUAUAGAAUAUGCUUUAGAGAAGGCAGGUCUCACCGGGUCCAACAUAGACUGGUUACUUCUUCAUCAGGCAAACCAGAGGAUCAUUGAUGCUGUAUCGACACGUUUAGAGGUCCCAUCAGAACGUGUUUUAUCAAAUUUGGCGAACUAUGGUAAUACAAGUGCUGCAUCUAUUCCAUUGGCAUUGGACGAAGCUGUAAGAAGUGGGAAGGUUCAGGCAGGCCAUACAAUUGCAGCUGCUGGAUUUGGAGCCGGGCUUACGUGGGGCUCUGCAAUCGUUAGAUGGGGAUGA